AUGCCCGUUGCAUCCGAUCGGCUGCAUGUGCAGCCCCGGAGCAUACGGCAAUGGAACGCCAAUACGAGCGCGCAAAGAUGUGCGAGACACGAAGCCACGCGACUGCCGUGCGCCUCCCUGCCACCUAGCAAGCACCAGAAAGCCAUGGGCCCGCGUCCGGAGGAUUGGGCUGCGCCGCCCCCCAUUGCUCUUACUUACGCGCGUGGACGCAUGCAAGGCCCUCGCAGGGCUGGCCCCUGCGCCUUUCCCCUGCGUCCGCGUCUGCCUCCGGGCUGCUGCCGUAGAGGCUGCCCUGACAUCGGGGGGCCUGCUCGUAAGUUGUAG